AUGCACACAUCUGAUGCUGUGGCAGUGGCCCCUACUAGCCCAGCUCCUGCUGCAAGCGCCACGGCAGCUGCUCCUUGGGCCUUAUACGCCUCAUCAGCUAACAGCGUACACGGCGCACGCUAUCCGACGAGCGCCGCAGAUGAGCGCAUCCGACAAGCUUUGCACAAGCUACAGUCAGCCACGAGAUACGAGGGCGAGCUCGCCUUUCUUGCAAACUAUACAUAUGAUCUGGCCGUCGACGACCUCACUGCCUUUGGAGUGCAACAAGCCAAAGAUCUGGGUGCUCUCCUGGCUCGCCGCUAUGGCCAUUUGAACGAGCGUACAGCUCCAUUUGUGCGCGCGUCAUCAAGCCAUCGAGUCGUCCAAGCUGCUCGUCACUUCUCUCGCAGGUUCACAGACAGCGACUCCCGUCACCGUCCUAUCAGCCCGCUGCUCAUCAUCGACGAGAGCACGAGCAACGACACGCUCGAGAAUAGCUGCCCAGCGCUCAACUUGUCAGAAGCUCGUCGCGCUACGUCACGUUGGCUCGACCGUUCGCUCUCUCACACCGCUCAUCGAUUGGCCAUGCGCGUACCCGGAGUACAUCUAACAUCCCAAGACGUUGUCGAGCUCAUCAGCUUAUGUGCAUUCGAGAGCGUCGUAUCCUCAGAGAUGCCGAUCUCGCCUUGGUGUGACGUCUUCAGCAAGAGCGAGCUGGCCUCAUUUGCCUACUAUCACGAUCUCAACAAGCACUACAGCUAUAGCUGGCCAAACACGCUCGGUCCACCCCAAGGCGCCGGGUGGGUGAACGAACUGAUCGCUCGCCUCACGUGCACGCCAGUGCGCGACGCUACACAAGUCAAUCACACGCUCUUCUUUCCACUUGAUCGUGCCAUCUACGUCGACUUUACCCAUGACAACCAGAUGAUCGCGAUCGGCUCAGCGAUAGGGCUCUGGCAAGAGACGCUCGACCCGCUCAAUCCAAACGACACGCGUCGCUUCAAGAGCUCACACAUAGUCCCGUUCGGGGGCCAUUUCAUAUUCGAACGCUAUAGAUGCGCCGGCACAGACCAGAAGAGCAUUCGACUCUUGAUAAACGACUGCAUACAGCGCCUAGAUAGCGCAGACGACGGCAUGAUCGCACUGUCGGGCUGGCUGGCCAAACAAACCUUUGCUAGCAGAGACGCCCGCAUACUGUAUCAGCAAUGCUUUGCCACGCCUCCUUUGCCAAAAGUCACUUCGAAUGCAUUCCCGACGUUACAGACCAAUCAUGAGCAGCAGAUCCCAGGGACACAUCUAUAG